AUGUCUGUACCAAAAGCGGUAACCCCGAGCUACACUCGGGCUUACCAUGCAGCGCUGCAUAGGGAGUCCCUGCAGCACUUACCUUGUCCUUCGCUCCCGCGAUGUGUCCCCUGCAGCGUCCCAGGCCAUCUCCUCCGGCUGAUGCCGGCAUCCGGCUCCUGUGUUUUGGUCCCUGUGACGUACGGGCGCCAGCGGCGGGAAAUUUGAAAAUUUAAAAAAAAAAGUCAUUUUUUUCAAAACGAUUUUACAUAUGCUCUGUCCUGUCCCCUGCCUGCAUUUUGAAUGUUCUUUCUG